AAUGAUUAAAUUUUUUGGGAUUGUGAUUUACAUCUUCUUCAUAUUAUCUGUUGUUGGCCCUAUCUAUUCAUUUUUGACACUCUAACCUAAAAGAGCACAAGAGUUUUGGUCUCGAUUAGCUGUCAAAACAUUAAGAUUGUAAUUCAGAUAUUUACCAAACUCUAAACAAGUGCAAACAAAUAAGAGAGUAAUCUUUUAUUAUUGAAUGAAGACAAUACUACUAUUCAAUCAUAGAACACAAGGAGAUUUUUUUAUUCAUGACGUGGUUUCUUAAUAUAGUGCAAACUUCUUAGCAAGAUGGAUGGUAGCAAUAGCAUUUCCAAUGUUGGCUAUCUUUCAAUAAUUGUUUACUUAAUCAGUCUGGUUUUUUAGAAGAGGAGGCAAUGAUCUAAAUAAGUAAUAUAUAUAAUAUUAUUAAAAAGCUUCUUUAAAUGGAUUGAUAACAAAUUUGAUAAAGCUUCAAGGCCAAACUUAUUAGUCUAUCCAGAAGGUCAUAGAAUGCAUGAGAGUGAUAAAGUAGGAAAGAUGAAGACUGGAAUGCUAUAAUAUGCUUAUGAUCGUAAAAUAGAUACUUAAAUAAUCAUUGUUUUGGGUAUUGAGAAAGCAUUUAAUGAGAGAAAGUUUCAUGCAAGUUUAGGGUAUUUUAUAUAUUAUAUUCAUAAAUAUAGACCAACUUAGUUGUCAAUAAAGGUAGAUGAAAUAAUUAAACCAGAUAAAUUUGCUACUUUCGAAUUAUUUGUGGAACAUAUAUAAGCAAUGUUUAAGAAGAAUUUUGAAGAAACUUAUGAUUAUCAAUAUAAAUAAUCUUGA